UAAAACAUGGCAGCUUCUGUGAGUGACACCGUGAACAAGACUCUGAAAGAAGCGUUGUUUGAAACCCUAUCGGGUAUUUUAUCACCAGCUCAUGAUGUUAGAGUGAGUGCCGAGGAACAGUUGAAAGUUUUAGAAGUAACUGAUGAAUUUGGGCUGCAUCUGGCAGAACUAACCAUUGAGCCAAAUGGACAGUUAGCCAUCAGACAAUUAGCUUCUGUGCUUCUGAAACAGUAUGUUGAAGCUCAUUGGUCCUCCCAGUCAGAAAAAUUUCGACCACCAGAGACCACAGAGGAGGUUAAAGCUGCCAUUCGUCAAAUUUUACCUCAUGGUCUUCGAGAACCCAUUAGCAAAGUACGUUCAAGUGUGGCUUAUGCUAUUUCUGCUGUAGCACAUUGGGACUGGCCAGAGGCAUGGCCUCAGUUAUUUGACCUUUUAAUGGAAGCUCUGACCAGCGGAGAUAGCAAUGCAGUCCAUGGUGCUAUGAGGGUGUUAACAGAAUUUUCAAGAGAAGUCACAGACAACCAGAUGCUCCAGGUUGCUCCAGUUAUUCUUCCUGAGAUGUAUAAGAUAUUUAGAGAAGAUGAAAAAUAUGCUAUAAGAACACGUGGCCGAGCUGUUGAAAUCUUUGCCACUUGUGCACAGAUGAUUGCUAUAAUGGCAGAGUAUAACAAGGGUGUGGCCAAGUCAUUAUUAUAUCCAGUACUUCCUCAGUUUACUGAAGCACUUGUUCAAGCUCUCCAGGUUACAGAUGGUAUGACAUCAGAUAGCGGUCUGAAGAAAGAGGUUCUUAAUGCCUUGACUGUUCUGGUAAAACACACACCAAAACAGAUGUCUUCAUGGUUACCUCACAUUCUUACACCGGUGUGGAAUUGUCUGACAGAAAGUGCCAGCAUAUAUAUAAAAACUGUUGUAAAUGAUACAGAAGAAGGGAACAAUCCAGUUGACUCUGAUGGGAAAGCCAGAAAAGGACUAUUUUCAUCUUGGUUAUGGCUGGAAUUUGAUUCUGGGUCUUCUAGAUGGAAGUCUGGUGCAUUAUCUACUUCAGUGGUUCUCAACCUUUUUGAAUCUAUGGAACUCUUCUGGCAUGAAAUUUAUGUCAUGGAAUUCUUCACAGCAUUCAUUACAAAAAACAUUACUGCAAUAUUAUAUCAUACAACUAUUCUUACUAUAGGUGAAGUGCUAGGAUUUGAGAAUCUUGUGUUCAGCAUUUUUGAAUUUGUUAGUGGUCUGGUUGAAGCACCUCGUUUUCGAGGGAUGGUGAAGAAGGGCUUAGCUGAUUUAAUGUACUACAUCCUCUUGUAUAUGCAAAUUACAGAAGAGCAGGUGUGUUUCUUUCCAUUCCUCUUCUUCUUCUCUCUGGAAUUUCAGUCUCUGUGCCAAGAGUUUGAGUCAGAAAGUGCUGUUGGGUUGUGCAAUGCUGUAACUAAGCACUUGCAGGAAGCUGAAGUUAGUAAAAAUAGUGGAAAUCCAUACUGGUGGAAACUUCACGAGUCAUGUAUGGUUGCCCUAGGAAGUGUAAAAGAUCUAAUUUUAGAACAGAUUCAGAAUAACCAAUUACAGUUUAAUCUUGUUGAAUUCCUCCAAUCUGUGGUCUUAGUAGACCUCAGUUCAUCAGUGUCACCGUUUUUAGUAGGCAGAUGCCUCUGGACGGCAAGCAGGUAUCCUAUAGCAAUGUCCCCUGAUCUUACUCAAAGAUUUCUUCAAGUCACAGUCAGUGGACUUCAAGCUUCACAGCCUUCUAGUGUCAGGGUAUCGGCUGUGAGAGCUGUGUGGGGGUUUUGUGACCAUUUGAAGACUUCAAAUCAAACAUCAGUUAUAGGACCAUAUCUAGCCCCUAUCAUGGAAGGUCUGUUAUCAUUAGCAACUCAGUUUUCAUCAGAAGUACUAACAUUAGCAAUGGAAGCAAUCCAGAUUGUUUUAUCUAUUGACAAGGAUUUUACAGCAACUGUGGAAGGAAAAGUUUCUCCACUUGCCAUUGCAGUAUUUCUUAAACAUAGUAGUGAUCCAGUGCUUGUAUCCUUGUCUCAAGAAAUUUUUAAAGAACUAUGUACCAUUCCAUCUUGUCAAGGAAAUGUCCUGCAAAGAUUACUUCCUACCAUUGUUUCUAUAUUAAAUGCACCAACUGAUAAGAUAACAAUGGGUUUACAAGCUGUGUCACUAGAUGUUCUACAAACUGUUGUUCGGAGUAGUUCCAAGCCAUUGCUGGAAGCCCUAAUCACUCAAGCAUUUCCUGCAGCUGUUCGCUGUAUACUUAAUACAGAUGACAAUACAACAGUUCAGAAUGGAGGGGAGUGUUUACGAGCGUAUGUUUCUGUAGCACUAGAGCAGAUUACAGCCUGGCAUGAUGAAGUUGGUCACAAUGGACUUUACUAUACCCUACAGGUAGCACAACAUCUCCUUGACCCCAAGACACCCGAGUCCUCAGCAGCAUUUGUUGGCCGUCUGGUGUCAUCAUUGAUAGCCAAAGCAGGGACUUCUCUUGCUGAAAGAACAGAACUGUUGUUAAGAGCUGUAUUAAGCAAAAUGCAACAGACAGAAACUUUAAGUGUUAUACAGAGUCUGAUUAUGGUGUUUGCUCACUUAAUACAUCAUCAGAUGGAUGCUGUCUUGGAAUUUUUGUGUGGUGUUCCAGGCCCAACAGGAAAAUCUGCUUUGGAGUUUGUUCUCACUGAGUGGUGUUCGCGCCAGCACCUAUUUUUUGGUGCUUAUGAGAGUAAAGUCAGUACUCUUGCUCUGUGCAAGUUAUUAGAACAUGGAGUGGAAAACAAUGACCAGAGGUUGGUGGCCAUCAGUGUCAAAGGAGACCAAAUCUUCAAUUCCAUUUCAGAAAUCCGAACUCGCUCUAAAUCCUCUCAAAGUAAGAUAUUGUAUGCAUAUUUUGGUAUUUACAAUAAUAGUUUAUUGGAUAUAAUGGAUUUUGAUGAUGACUUUGAAGACAUAGAAGCAGAUCAGGAAAACGCCAGUUCAGCAUUGUCUAAUGUAUUAUCUCAGUUUGCUCCAGCAUCAGAUUAUGCAGGAUAUGACAUUGAAGAUGAAGAUGAAGAAGACCCAGAUGCUUUGGCUGACCCUCUUUACCAUAUAAACUUACAGGAGUAUUUGACACAGUUUCUCAAAUUGUUAGCUCAACAGCCUUAUUAUUCCACUUUUUCACAACAUCAUACCCCUCAGGAGAAACAAGUGCUUCAAAUAGCAGGAAUAUCCAUUUAAGUUAUUCAGUAAUCUAGUGAAAGUUAAUUCUGUUUUUAUUUUUUCUGUACAAAAUAACAUUUCUGUUGAGUAAAAACAAUUUUAUUGUGUUUUUGGAUAGUUGUACAGAAGUAAAAAGUGUAUUCCCUAUGUAAAAUAUAUUAACAAAAGUUAUAAAAUUGAAAAGUAUUGAAGUUUUUUAAUGAAUUUAAUUGUAACAAGAUAAUAACUGAUUAAAAUGUAUAUCACACUAUAGAGAAAAUUGUAUUUUUGACAUUGCUUUGGUGAAAACUCACUUGUGCAUGAUUUUGUAUAAUAAUUAGGUCCAAGCUGCACUUUAUUCAUAGAAAAAACUAAUUUACUACAUAUUAAAAGUGGCUGUUUUUAAGUAAUUAAAUUCAUAUUCAGUAAGACUAAUAUCCUACUUGUUAGUUUUUAAUGCUAUAUUAAUAAUUAUAUAUAAGCUUUUAAAUUACUUUGAAUUUUACAUGUGCAUGUAUAUGUGUGUGUGUGUGUGUGUGUAU